AUGCCCCUGGAGGAGUUUGUGGCCGGCUAGAUCUCUGGAGCUCUGGGCUUGGUCUUGGGACACCCCUCUGACACUGUAAAGGUGAGGCUGCAGACCCGGACCACAUACCGGGGCAUCAUGGAUUGUAUGGUCAAGACUUACUGCCACGAGUCGCUCCUGGGCUUCCUCAAGGGAAUGAGCUUCCCCAUCGCCAGCAUAGCUGUGGUCAACUCUGUCCUGUUCGGGGUCUACAGCAACGCCCUGCUGGCACUGACAGCCGCCGCCCACCAGGAGCGGCGGGCCCAGCCGCCCAGCUCUACGCACGUCUUCACAGCCAGCUGCACAGGGGCGUUCCUGCAGGCCUACUGCUUGGCCCCUUUUGACUUCAUCAAAGUCUGGGUACAAAACCAGACAGAGCCCAAGGGGAAGUCAGGGAGCCCCCCACCCCAGUACCGGGGGCCCGUGCACUGCGCGGCCUCCAUCUUCCAGGCCGAGGGGCCCCGGGGGCUGUUCCGGGGAGCCUGGGCCCUGACGCUGCGGGACAACCCCACCCUGGGAAUCUAUCUCGUCACCUAUGAAUGGCUGUGUCGCCAAUUCACGCAGGAUGGCCAGAACCCCAGCUCGGGCACAGUGCUGGUGGCAGAGGCCUUUGCCUGUGUCGCCUCCUGGGUCACAGCCACCCCCUUAGACGUGAUCAAGUCCCGGAUGCAGAUGGCGGGGCUGAGGCAGAGGGUGCACCGGGGGCUGCUGGACUGCAUGGUGAGCAGUGCCUGGCGGGAAGGGCUGGAGGUCUUCUUCCGGGGGCUCAGCAUCAACAGUGCCCGUGCCUCUCCUGUCAACGCCGUCACCUUCCUCAGCUACGAGUACCUCCUCCACUCCCGGGGAUGAGCCUGGCUGGGUGACGAGCUCCCCAGUGAGACCACCGCCCACCUGCCCAGAUUGGAGGCCAAGUUGAAAGCACCGGCUUGUGAUUCUGGUGCGAGAGGCUGAGCCCCUCUUUAUCAAGGCACCUCC